AUGAGCGAGAAGAAAGAUAUCGACAAGACAUGUCAAGGUGAUGGGCUUGAUAUUCCUGCUCAGGACAUGCAGGUACCUAUCGAGAAGGGCGAUGCUCAACUUGUCUGCAAUGCAGCAGGUACCGCAAACGGGAUCAAAGUUCACCCACAACCAACCUCCGACGGAUUGGAUCCUUUGAACUGGUCAACAAUGCAGAAGCAUGUUAUAUUAUCAAUUGUGAUGUUCAAAUACUUUCUUUUUACGUACCUCACAACGACAACUGUGCCAUCUUUCACCGCAAUUCAAACCCAGUACCAGAUAAGUUAUUCGCAGGUGAAUUGGACUGUUGCCGUACCGGCCCUAGGCCUCUCUGUCGGGCCACUCAUUUGGUCUUCUCUGAGUGACAUAUAUGGUCGCCGUCUUAUUUUCUUGAUUGGAACCACCGUUGCCCUGGUAUCGACGAUCGGCGCUGCUGUCGCUGAUACUUACUCCGGGUACAUGGCUGCCCGCUUCUUCCAGGGGUUUGGAGUAAGCCCUGCCUCUACCGUUGGCAUGGCAGUCGUCAAUGACCUGUUCUUUGAGGUUGAACGUGGACAAAAGCUUGGCCUGUGGGUAUUGGCAAUAGAUUCCGGACUUCUUCUGGGUCCGACCUUUGGUGGAUUUUUGAACCUGGUCAGUGCUGCAUGGAUCAAUUGGUUCAAUGCCAUUUUAUUCGCAGUGCUGUUGAUCCUUGAGUUAUUUUUGAUGCCGGAGACUCUCUACCCACGACAAAAAAUGCUGCUUCAUCAAAGUAGUACAGUGAUUAACAAAUGUACCCCAACCGACAUCGAGAAACUGGCGAACAAGGAGCCCGACUUGCCCUCAAAUACCCCUACGCUCGAGAUGUUCCAGUCCGAUCUUCCUCGAACAAAACGUCUACCUUUCAUCAGCUUACGUCCUAUCCCUGGCAUGAAACACCCCAAGCCAUGGGACUCAAUAACCCGGUUUUUUCUCACUUUUCGGUUCCCUACAGUUGCUAUCGCAGUGAUUGGAUAUUCCUUCACCUGGUACUGGUGGGUUUUAUCAGUCAUUACGAUGGUACCAGCCGCAUACGCAAACUAUACCCCACUCAUUCAGGGCCUGCUGUUCCUUGGCUUGUUUUUGGGGACCAUCAUCUCAGAGAUCUGCUGCUCAGGGCGAUUGAGUGACUAUAUCAUUGAGAAGUUGGCAAAAAAUAAUGGGAACGUUCGUGUUGCAGAGAUGCGGUUAUGGUUGGCAUAUCCUGCCGUUUUGAUCACAACAGUCGGAUUGAUCUUGUGGGGCAUCAGUAUUGAUAGGAGUUAUCACUGGAUGGUUGGACAGGUUGCAUUUUUCCUCUUCGCGGCAGGAAUUCAAAUUGGGAAUACAGUCACCAGCAGCUACAUUGUCGACAGCUACCCUCUGCAAUCAACCAGUAUCAUCACAUUCUAUGCUGUGUUUCUGAAUUUGAGUGCAUUUAUCAACCCUUUCUUCAUCGCCCCCUGGGAAGUAUCUGUUGGCUGGACUUGGACAUUCACGUCACAAGCAUUGAUCGUGCUUGUCGGAGGAUGCUUAGUCUUCGGGAUUCUACAUAAGUAUGGUGCAUGGAUGCGGAAACGGGCACCACAGCCUUCUUGGGUUAACCCUGAGUACGAUUUGGGUGUUGACGUCUCU